UGACUCUUACUUGUGCGUCCACCUUUCGUCUGCUGCGGCCCCAGUUUCACCGGCGACCAGAGCCUGCGGGCCUUCACUGUCUCUACGAUGGGUGCAUACUACGACGAGGUCGAGAUCGAGGAUAUGGCAUGGGACGAGGAGAAGCGGGUGUACCACUACCCCUGUCCUUGCGGCGAUCGUUUCGAGAUCUCCCGCAAGCAGCUGGCUAACUACGAGGACAUUGCGACAUGUCCGAGCUGCAGCCUGAUUAUACGAGUCGUAUACGAUCCUGUGCGUACGCUUUGCGCAUCUGAGUUUCAUCGUUGACUGACCGCCCGUAUUAGCUUGAUUACGAGGACGAGCCUGAUGACGAGGACGAGGGCGCGGCUGAGGAGGGUGCAGACGAGGAGGACGAGGAGGACGAGGAUGAGGACAGCGAUGAAGACAAGUUCGAGGAUGCUCUCGACCGCCUUACCAUCGCCGAUGAGCAGCCCCGAGCGAUCGCCAUCGCAGCAUGAGUGCGUCUGGCAAAACCUCUCAGACUCUGCAUCACGAUCACCCAUUCGGGUCUUCGUCUCUGUCUGUCAUGAAGGAUCUUAUUCGCCUCCAUGUCACUGCCCAUUUCACUGUAGCCAUUAGCAUAUUAUCUCACUGGAAAGUUAUUUGCAUUGCUUGAGCGACACCACACUGCGGCUUGGAGUCUGAGAUAUAGACUGUAGUUGCAUUGUAAUACGACAUAGCCAGACACCACGCGUCCAUGUUCAGCCCGUCC